ACUGCAACAAGUGCAACAAACACCACACUAAGCAGCUGUGCAUUCACCAUCAUUCAUAGAAUAUUUCGACAUGGAUAUAUUUUUGGCAUUAAAGACAAAUGUAUUAUCUAUUGUAAUGGUUGUGAUGGUUCUGUUAUUGUUAUGGAAGAGUCGAGGAAAGCAGAGUCAUUUUCAACGCCUGCCUCCAGGACCGCGUCCGUUACCACUGGUUGGGAAUAUAUUUCAGUUUGAUGGGAAGCAAGCAUACAGAUAUUAUCUUGAGCUCAGUAAAAAGUAUGGCUCGGUGGUUACCAUCUGGUUGUCGACCACUCCUGUGGUGAUCAUUUCUGGAUAUCAAGCCCUGAAGGAUACGUUGAUAGGUCUCGGUGACGAAUUUAGUGGCAGGUCCACCUAUCCCAUGAUCAUGAAGGCCACACUUGGAUAUGGUGUUUUGUCCACCAGUGGACACAGGUGGAGGGAGAUGCGCAGGUUCUCACUCAUGACCCUUAAGAACUUUGGGAUGGGCCGCAGGAGCAUUGAGGAAAAAGUCCAAGAUGAGGCUAAGAAUCUUGUAAAAAUGCUGAACAAAUAUGAAGGUCUUGCAUUCAGCCCUGCAGACAUGGUGUCUAACGCUGUGGCCAAUGUGGUCUGCAGCAUUGUCUUUGGUCAUAGGUUUGAAUUUGAAGAUCCACAAUUUAAGUUUUUACUUGGGACAGUAAAUAACUACUUCAAAAUGCUUAAUAGCCCCCUUGGACAGAUCUAUAAUAUUUUUCCUAGGUUAGUCAGUCUUUUGCCAGGUAAACACCAUGAGAUAUUCAGAAACUUGAAAAAGGCCAGAGAAUACUGUAUUUCUGAGACCAAGGCCCGAAUGAAUAAUAUGGAGGAUCCCUCAUGCCCAAAGGACUUCAUUGAGGCAUUUGUGUUAAAAAUGGAAGAGGAGAAAAACAAUCCUGACACAGAAUAUAAUCUUGAAAAUAUUGUGUCACUGAUAUGGAACAUGUUCAAUGGUGGCACAGAAACCACAUCAUCCACCAUCAGACAGUCUCUGCUUCUUAUGAUGAAGCACCCAGAUAUUCAAGAGCGUGUUCAAAAGGAAAUUGAUGGGGUUAUAGGACAGGAACGUUGGCCUUCCAUAGAAGAUAGGCAGAGCCUGCCGUAUACAGAUGCUGUUCUCCACGAGGUGCACCGCAGCAUGGAUCUUGCACCCAUCGCUGUCCCUCACAAGAUGAUGUGUGACACUGAAUAUAAUGGCUAUGUCAUUCCUAAGGGAACUCAGGUUUAUCCACUGUUAUCCUCUGUGCUUUCUGACCCAAAACUGUGGAAGAACCCAAACUGCUUUGAUCCAGAGAACUUCCUGGAUGAAAACAAAAGAUUUAAGAAGAACGACGCAUUUGUUGUAUUUGGCAUGGGUAAGCGAGCGUGUCUGGGUGAGGCUCUGGCCCGGAUGGAAUUUUUUCUCAUCUUCACCACUCUGCUACAACGCUUCACCUUCAAAGCCACAGUGCCACCAGAAGAGCUUGACACAACCCCCACCAACUGCAGUUUUGGCCGACUGCCCCUCAUAUACGAGUGCUAUGCCAUUCCUAGGACAUAGAGGGUGCAAAAGUCCACAUCCAUGAUUUAUCACCAAAAUGACUGUAGUUAUCAUAAACUCAAUUAAAUUAUGUAAUAACACAAAUGUUACUAUAAGAAUUAUGUUGUAAUUUAAAGGGGACAUAUCAUAAAAUAUGUUUAAGUGCUAUAAUUGGGCUGCCAGUGCUUCUAUCAACCUAGAAAAUAUGAAAAGAACAACCCAGUAACUUGGUAAACCAUUCUCUGCAAGCAUAUGAAAAAAUUGUUCAUUGAAAUUUAGCUUCCCUUGUGAUGUUAAAAGGGGAUCUUUUUGUAAUAAUACUGCCCACUAAUCUGCACUGUCCAACCAUGGCACCGCCAUUUACUGCAGAAAGAGUUCAGUUUUUUCAAUUCAAUUUUAUUUAUAUAGCACUUUUCACAAUUGUUUAAUUGUUUCAAAGCAGCUUUACAUAAAUAGAUGCAGGAAAAAACACAGAAAAAUCAUAAGAUUAACCAUACUAGCGAGCAUAGUAAAAAUGUAACGUAUGUAAGAGGGUGCUUAGUUAAGCCAAU